AUGCCCAAAGAAAAUUGGGGUCCCACCCAGGACACUCUUCUCGCAAAUGGGAUGGUCUCCCUCAUCCUCUCCAACCGCGCCUCCCUCUACACCAUCGAAGGGCUAGGACCCUGGCGCGGCAACGGCGGCUCAACGAUCAAUGCCAAAGUGAAACAGCUGCUGCAGAGAACGCUCUGUAAGGGGUAUGGAGCGAGUAUGGAGAUCAAAGCUGGUGCGGGAGGGAGAAAGAGGGAGAAGAAAGAAGAGAUCACGAAACAUUUCAAGAGUGAGAAGGGCAAGACGGCAGGGAGCGGUGGGAGGAGCAAGAAGCGACCGCCCAUUUCUGACUCGGACGACAGUGACAGCGAGGCCCUUCCUCGCACCUCGAAGGACAGAUCUCAACAGAAGAAGCAGAAGAGCAAGGACGCUGGACAGAGCGAGGAAGAGCUCGAAGCCGAAGCCACCGGCGACGAAGCCGAAGAUAGCAACGAGGAUGACGAGCAAGACGAGUCUGCAACCUUCUACGUUCCUCCUCGCGAGAAGCGCCCCUCUCGUGCUGCAGCGAGCAAGAUCCAACACUAUGCUGAGGAGAGCGAGGAGAGUGAUGAUGAUGAUGGCGAUCACGAAGUCGAUCAGGUGGCUGAGGGCGGAGGCGAGGUCGGCAAUUCCUAUGAGCGAGCAAGGAAGGAGGCAGUGAUCCGUAGCGAGAGCGGGCACGAGGCUGCUGCGAGCUAUGAAGAGGAGAAUUCGGAUGGUGAGCUGGCCGAUCAGAAGGGCGAGGAAGAGGGAUGA